AUGAAUCAAUCAUCAAAAGAAAACGCAAACAGUAAUUUACAACCGCCUGAAGGUUAUCCAAAAGUAAACGAAUUAUUUUGCCAAGAUGGUAUUUCAUUUGAAUCAGGACCAGCUUCGCAGAUUAAAUACUUAAGAGGUACAGGUACUUUGUUUAUUACAAUGUAUGAAAAUGGAAAUUCUUCUUCGUUAUACGUCGAAUGGAAACCUUUGCCGGGUUUUACAACUGAAUCAGAUGCUCAAGCGCAAGAAUGGACAGUUGUAAACACCAUUGAAGAUAGAACGAAAACUUCAAGCACAAUGUUACUUUUAGAAGAAGCAACUAGAAGUCAGUACUUAAAAAUUAAAUUGAGCGAUAUUAAAAGCUAUAAAUUAGAAAAUAAUCAUAGAAAAUUAACGUUUAAUGACGGGAGUGGUGAACCGUUGUGUAGCUUUUCUUUUAAAAGUGAAAACUGCGAUUAUUUUCAUCAUAUUUUAAAGCAAUACAUUAAAACUGCUCCAAUUAGAAGAGAUAAAAACCACUUUGAGGUUAUCGGUGAAAUUAAUGAAGCUGAAAAUCAAUUAAAAAAAACUCUCAAUAAACUAUCAUUAUUUCCUGGUGAAGAAGCUAAUUAUAUGUGGUAUCUAUUGAAAAAUUUUUCAGAGAAUUCGUCAACAACAAUAACCAUGCAAGGUGAAUGCAAAAUUGAAACAAACUUUCCAAAGUUACCCAAUAGAAAAGAUUUUCCAAGAUCCCAUCCAUUAACUGAGCAGCAAUGGAAUGCCUUAAAAGAUUGUCACGGUCGAAUUGUGGAUAUUGAAAAGCUGAAAAUAAUAAUUUUUCAAGGGGGGGUUACCCCUGAAUUAAGAACAAAAGUUUGGAAAUAUUUAUUGAAUUAUUUUGACUGGAAUUCAACACAACAAAAUCGCAAAAAUGUUUAUAAAUUAAAAGAAGCUGAAUAUUUUAAAAUGAAAAACCAAUGGAUGAGUAUGUCUGAAGUUCAAGAAAAUAAUUUUUUUAAUUAUCAGCAAAGAAAGAAUAUCAUUGAAAAAGAUAUUAAUAGAACUGAUAGAUAUAUGGAUUUUUAUGCUGGCGAUAAUAAUCCAAAUUUGCAAAAAUUACAUGAUAUUUUAUUGACAUAUGUUAUGUAUAAUUUUGAUUUAGGUUAUGUGCAAGGGAUGAGUGAUUUACUUUCACCAAUUUUAUAUUUAAUGCAAUCGGAAAUGGAUGCAUUUUGGUGUUUUGCUGGUUUUAUAGAAAAAGUGAAAAGCAAUUUUGAUAUUGACCAAGCUGGUAUGACAAAACAGCUUCAAAACCUUCGCGCCUUAUUAGAAUUUAUUGAUCCCGAAUUUUUAAAUUAUUUAGAUACUCAUGAAUCGGGAAAUAUGUUCUUUUGUUUUCGUUGGUUACUCGUUUGGUUUAAACGAGAUUUAGAAAUGGAUGAUAUAAUGAGAUUAUGGGAAGUAUUAUGGACAGGGCUGCCUUGUAAAAAUUUCCAUUUGUUAAUAUCGGUUGGAAUUCUUUUAAAUGAAAAAUCGGCUAUAAUUGAAAGGAAUUACGGGUUUACUGAAAUUUUGAAACAUACUAAUGAGCUAUCAUUAAAAUUAGAUGUAAAUAAAUUAAUAAAUGAUGCUGAAGGUAUUUAUUGCCAAAUAAAAGAAGCUACGCACUCAACAAAUGUUAUAAAAGAUAUUGUAGGGUUACCAAAAGUCGAAGAUAAUCGUGAUGAUAGUCCAACUACGAAUUGGUUCUGUUAUAUAGAUGAUGACGUUCAAGCGUCUUCCGUUUAUAAGUAA